UGUGACGGCGGGCUGCAGGGUCGCUCACCGAGCCAGCGCGGCGCUCCAGCGUGUCUCCCUCGGCUCCGUCAUGUUCGUGGCGCUGCUGAUCAUCACGCUGUCGGUGCUGGCCGCCGCCGUGUACAGCGUGUUCAAGAAGGAUAACCAUCCGCCAGGUCCGAGAGGCCUGCCUCUGCUCGGCCAGGCGCUCUCCAUCGACUGGGGACACCAGGACCGCAGUUUCACCGAAUGGAGCCGCCGCUACGGGCCGAUAAUGAAGGUGACCGCCGGCUGGGAGACCAUGAUCGUCCUCUCCGACCCGGACCUCAUCCGAGAGGCGUUCAACGGGCCGAUGGCCGUCGCCCGCCAGAGCAGUCCCGGCUUCGAGCUCAUCUAUGCCGACAAGGGGAUGGUCUUCACCAGUGGUGAAAUAUGGCACCAGACACGGCGGUUCACCCUUUUUCACCUAAGAAACUUUGGUAUGGGUCGGUCCAGGUCGGUUGAAAUAAUCCACGAUCAAAUCAAAGAGUUCAUGGAGGAGGUGCUGGAGCCCAACAAAGGGCAGCCGAGAUCGGUGGACCAUAGCCUGAACAUCGCUAUCCUGAACAUCCUCUGGGCACUGGUCGCCGGGGAGAUCGUCAGCAUAAAGGACGCUAAACUGCUCAAGAUCAUAGAGAAACAGGAGGAGUUCUUCAAGGAAGCCCGGCUGUUUUUCCUUAUGGCAAACGUGCCCGGUCUGAUGCUGCUGCCGGAGUGGAUCACCGGGAUCAAGAAGAUCCGCGCUAUUUUCCACUACCCGAUCGACCAGCUGCUGCUGCCGGCACUGGAGGGCCACCGGCGCACGGUGGACCUGUCUGGAGAGCCGCGCGACUACAUCGACUGCCUGCUGCAGGAGCAGAGCCGCCAACCGGAACUGUUCACCGACCGGCACCUGCUGCGCUGCAUCCUUGAUCUCUUCACCGCCGGCUUCGACACCACGGCCAGCACGCUGCGCUGGGCCUUCUGCUUCCUCUGCGGCCACCAGGAGGUCCAGCAGCGGCUCCACGACGAGAUCCUCGGCGUCAUCGGCCGAGAGCGGCCGCCAGAGCUCGCCGACAAGGCCAGCAUGCCAUACACGGAGGCCUUUCUCAUGGAGACGCAGCGUCUGUCCAACAUCGCCGGUGUCGGGGUAGCGCACGUGAGCACGGCCGAGUUCCAGUUGGGCGGCUACACGGUGCCGCGCGGCGCCCAGGUCAUCUCCAACCUGACUGCCGUCCACCUGGACGGCAGGCUGUUCCCGGAGCCGCAGCGGUUCCGGCCCGAGCGGUUCCUGGACGAGCGCGGCCAGCUGCGACCCAGCCGCGCGCUGAUGCCCUUCUCCGUGGGCAAGCGCUCCUGUCUGGGAGAGACGCUGGCGCGCACAGAGCUCUUCCUGUUCGUCACCAGCGUGGUGCAGCGCUACAGACUCCGGUUCCCCGACGGCUUCCAGCACGACUUCGCCAUCAACGAGUCCAAGCCUUUCGUCAAGGAGCCGAGUCCGUACCAGCUGAUCCCGGAGAGGCGAUGGUAGUUGUGUCUUCCAGCUGCACACGUUCAGGUGAAGAAGACAAUAUCCUAUAUCGCGGCCAUGCUUGUAAGGUUAGAAAUGUUUAGAAGAAAGAACUGAAGUGCGCUGAGCAAAAAAAAAAAAAAAUCAAUGCAUUGGGCGGUCCCGAUCAUGCGCUAUGAAUGCAUACAAUUUGAUAGUUGUAUGCACUUUGCCGAGUCGGAGCCACUAACUCUUUUUGUUGAGUGUAACGGCCCGGUUAGGUGUGGCGUUUAUCGUUUCAGUAAACGGUGAAUAGCGACGGCUGGUGUUUUGGAAGGAAUCCGCUUUGUCGUUAUAUGCUGCCUGAAAUUGUAUGCAAUGUAAGUACGACAUCGCUGUUAUGCAUCAGCGUUCAGCAUUCAGCAUCCAUUCACUCAGCUCUUGGCGUUCUCGGCACCGAUCGAUGGACAAAGACGCCUGUCCAGAGGUAUUACUGUUUUCAUAUCAUUCUAAUCGGCUCCUUGCUGACAUACUGACACCGUCAGCAAACUCAUCAUUAUUAUCCACGUCGGUCGUGGCUAGACCGUAAUACCGCCUCGAUUACGCCGUCUUGUCCUGUCGGUAUGUCUUAUGGUGCCGAUUUUACCACCAUCACCGUAGUGAUAACGGCCAAAUACGCUGCCAGAAUGGCAUACAUAUAAGCGGCAAUGAGAAGUUAUUGGUGCAUAGAAAUGUGGCAAUUAAACACAACGGCAGAGUAAUAUUUCAUAAUCACAUCCUGUGUGCGUACCAUGGGGACAAAUAUGGGUUUCCGUUUUCAUUUUUGUAUGCUUUCUACUCAAUUAAAAAAACCUUACUUUGAACAUUACAGGUAGAAUCAACAUGACAGCAUCCAUUUUUACAUUCAUGUUUGUAUGAUUUAGGUAAAAAUUAUAUAACCA